AUGGAGAUAAGGCCAGGAGUCGGAGGAAAGGAAGCGCUAAUAUGGGCCAACGACCUCGCCAAGGUUUUUAUUUUAAUUAACAUGUUGUAUAGACUUACAAGAAGUACUCCCUUAAAAAGGACUGCACAGUGGAUGAACAAAAGAAACCAGGGGCUUGAGGACAGAUUUUUCAAGGAAGGAGGAGUGCAUCAAGUCAAGAGGGUUCCGACCACGGAAAGAUCGGGGAGGAUGCACUCAUCGACGGCCACAGUUGCAAUACUGCCGUCGCAGAUGGCAAAAAGUAAAGACCACAACCUCCUGGAGAGGCUAAUUGAGGAGGUUGAGCUUAACCCGGGGGACAUUGAGUGGAAAACAUGCCGUUCGAGUGGCCCGGGAGGGCAGAACGUGAACAAGGUGGAAACGUCGGUUUCCUUGUACCACAAACCAACAGGAAUAAGAAUAGAAUGUAGUGAAGAAAGGUAG